GCUCAGGGUUCUGGUCUGGACUGAAAUCCAGGUACCAAUAGUAGCUUUGCCUCACUCUAACAACUCUACAAUAUAAGCCCCUUGGUCUGCACCGUCGUAUACCUUACUUUGAUUAAGUCCGCACCCCUCAGUCCAUCUCAGAAGGCGUAGGACGGCAUAGCAUUGGCCAGCCAAACCAUACCCUCCCUGACAGCUAUCAUGGGUUCGUCAGCCAUUUCGCUCGAAAGCGCCGCCAGCCGAAGCGUUCUAAAAGCAGCGGCAUUGCCGCACGCAAUGUCCCAACCUCCACGUACCCGACGACCUUCGCAACGCGGCGGCGUUGUCUGCUGUAGCGCUUCCGACAGCCAAGCUGCCAGCGCGAGACAGACUGUCAAAUUUCGACCGUGCAUUGACAUUCAUAAGGGCAAGGUGAAGCAAAUAGUCGGCUCUACACUCCGUGACCUGCCCUCCCAAGACACACCAGCCACCUCCUCCUCCUCCUCUUCACCAUCUGAGCCCGUGACCAACUUCGAGUCGGAUCGCAGUGCAGCAGAGUAUGCCAGCAUGUACGCCGCUGAUUCGCUGCCAGGAGGCCACGUCAUCAUGCUGGGGGCCGAUUCUGCCAGUCAGGAGGCAGCUCUAGGGGCGCUGAAUGCCUUCCCAGGCGGGCUGCAUGUUGGGGGCGGCAUUACGCCAGAGAAUGCGGGGCUCUACCUGGACGCAGGGGCCAGCCAUGUCAUCGUCACAUCAUACGUGUUCCGGGAGGGUGCGGUGGACGAGGACCGGCUUCGCAGAAUGGUGGAAGCAGUGGCGCCAGAGCGACUGGUGCUCGACCUGAGCUGCAGGAAGAAGGGCGACCACUACUACGUGGUGACGGACCGCUGGCAGCGCUUCACAUCGCUGGUGGUGGACGGGGAAUCGCUGGGGCGGCUGGCAGACUGCUGCGAUGAGUUCCUCGUGCACGGGGUGGACGUGGAGGGCAUGAAGCUGGGCAUCGAUGAGGAGCUCGUUUCUCUGCUUGGGAAAUAUUCACCGAUUCCUGUGACCUAUGCUGGAGGAGUUCGCUCUCUUGCGGAUCUGGAAAUUGUGAAGGCAGCUGGGAGGGGAGCGGUGGAUGUGACAGUAGGAAGUGCCCUCGAUAUUUUUGGAGGGGACCUGCCAUACAGAGAAGUUGUGGAGUGGCAUAGAAGCCAGCUGUAGAUCUAGAAAGCAAUCUACGGUGUUUGCAUUACUUUCCUCCGUGUUAGACCCACCACCAUAUGUUUUGCGGGUCAGAUUAUUGGUUUGACUUUUUAAGCAUGCCUCAG